GGUCGGAGAGCGGCUCGCUUCGCCUGGCCGUGAAGUUCUUCCCGCCGGACCCCGGGCAGCUGCAGGAGGAGCACACGCGGUGGGCGCGGGCGGGGACCCUGGCGGGCCGCUCUCCUGUCGUCCCUGUGACGUCCGACUUGGUCACCAAGAAUGAAAGCCAAAGCGCUGGGGAGCCAUGGAAGGCUGUCGGGCGGCGCACAGAAACUGAGGUGCUGCGAACCCUGGAGCUGGUCCCCCUCACGGAGCGUGCCCAUUGCGGUACUGGUGCCUGGGGAGACUUACGCCUGCUGCCUCCACCUCAUGGAGCCCGUGGCCCGGCCGCCCCCGGCCCGGCGCCUGACCGCGCUCUCGUGGCAGUGCGCAUCGGGGCGAUGCUGGCCUACACGCCGCUGGACGAGAAGAGCCUGGCGCUGCUGCUCAACUACCUGCACGAUUUCCUCAAGUGGAAGAUGGAGGGCACGGCCGUGGGCUUCAGCAGCCGGUGCUGGUCCUCCAGCCUCCUGGAGAAGCUGUCCUUGGUGAAGUGCUCGCUGCAGAGGAACGAGUACUUGCCGCCCAGCGCCCGGCUGCACGCUGGCGUGAAGACACGGGCCCUCGCGGUGUGGACAGGGGACGGCCUGGGUGCUGCCAGUGGGAGCGGGGGGACGCCGCGGCGGGGAGCCGGCGGGGGCGGGGCAGAGGGGCCUCGCUCUGUGCGGAGGCCCCCAGACAGCCGGCCCAGGCUUGUUCCUGUUGGCAGUCGGGACAUCGCUCGGGCCCUGGGCAGGCCGGGGCCGCGCGCUGCGAGUGUCCGGCCAGGAUCUGCCCGGUGGACUUGUUGCUGGGCCCUGGCGUCGUCGCGGCAAGCGCGAAGCCAGCAGACCAGGGCGUCUCUGGUUCCGACAGCCACCCUGACCUAUGACACGCUGCGCUUCGCCGAGUUCGAGGACUUCCCCGAGACCUCGGGGCCCGUGUGGAUCCUGGGCAGGAGAUACAGUGUGUCCGCAGAGAGGGACGAGAUCCUGUCUGACGUGACCUCAAGACUCUGGUUCACAUAUAGGAAGAACUUCCCCGCCAUCGGGGGCACCGGCCCCACCUCGGACACGGGCUGGGGCUGCAUGCUGCGCUGCGGCCAGAUGAUCUUCGCCCAGGCGCUGGUGUGCCGGCACUUAGGCCGAGACUGGCGGUGGGCCCAGCGCAAGAGGCAGCCGGACAGCUACCUCGGCGUCCUCAGCGCCUUCGUCGACCGCAAGGACAGCUGCUACUCCAUCCACCAGAUAGCACAAAUGGGCGUCGGCGAGGGCAAGUCCAUCGGCCAGUGGUACGGGCCCAACACAGUCGCCCAGGUU